AUGUCAGCAAGACCUUCCGGAUAUUAGUAAUUUAAGGAUGAACAAGUCAAUGUUAAUAUUGCCAAACAGAAACCUGAAGAAGUAUAAGCAGGAACUCUUUGCAAAGGAGGUAAUGCAGAUUUUCCAAUUGAUUAAAUUCCCCCCAGCUUUGAAUUGGCUGAGCUCCAUAGUGUAAUAAUUAAUUAAAUGAUAGUAAGCUUGGAAUGUAGGCACAACAAAAUUAUCUAAAAGUCAAAAAAGAAAAUUACAACGACACCAAAGCAGCACACAACAAAACAACCAAGAUGAUCAUAUCGGAAAGAUUUGUGAUUGCUGUGCAAGAUAAGUGCCUAAUCAUUUGUUAUCGCUAGGUUGCAAUAAUAGAGACUAUUCAUUUUUAGGGGCAGGUAAGUUUUGGUAUAAAUUUAGGUAUGCCACUUUAUUUUGAAUAUAUCAAAUCUUGUAUUUUGAUGCUUUUAAUUAUGUUUGUCACCUCAGGAGAUUAUAAUAUUAUAACUAAUGUUGCAUUUGGAACAUCGUGCAGAGCUUUGGAAGAUCAUAAAGGUUAAGAAAUAGAUGAAAAGACAUUUUGCCAAAAAAAUUGGGUUACUCAAUCUUCAUUAGCAAACAAGAGGAGUGGAUCAGAGUUCAUAGAUCUUUAACAGAUGUUAAAUUUAAUAUCAAUGAUAACAUUGAUAAUAUUGUUUUAAUAUUUUAGAAAAGAACAAAGAGCUUUUGAUGCGGAAAUCGAUUCAUAAACACAAUAUGCUUCUGAUUUUACUGUAUUAUUAAAGAAUAUUCCAACUGAUCCAACUGGACUACAAAAUGGUGAUUUUGAUGACGAUUUAAAAAACUUUAUGGAAUAACAUAUAUAGAAAUACAAAAAACUACAAGAAAUUAUAGAUUAUGAACAAGAUAGAAAGCAGUAUCAGAUUUAAACAAAAAAACCUGUUACAGAAUUGAGGAGAGUUGUUGCUGUGAACUUAUGCUAUAACUUAGAUGAUCAAUACUAAUUGGAAAAAUAAAAGUAAGCAAAAAUAGUCUUGAAGCAAAAGGUAUUUAGUCAUCUUCUAUUUAGAUUUUAUCUAAUUUGUAUAGUUAAGGCAAAGACCCAUUAAGUUCUGAUGUGAAAUCAGAUCCCUAAGUUAAUUAAAUUGAUAAUGAAAUAUCUGAAAUUGAAAACUAAUUGGAAGCUCUAGAGAAGAGAUUUAUAGAAGGAAAGGAUGUCAAGAAUUACUUCUUAGGACAAGCCUUUGUUACAUUCUAAUGGGAAAAUGAUGUCUAAAUGUUAUUAGAAGAAUAUAAACUUUCAAAAAUAUAAAGAUUAUUUGGAAAGAAAAGUCAGUUAGUGUAUAGAGGUGCCAAUUUGAUUGUAGAAGAACCCCCUGAACCUACUGAUGUGUUUUGGGAGAAUCUACACAUUACUACCAAAUCAAAAGUAUUUAGAAGAUUGUUUGGCUAUGCAAUUACAGCUAUAAUUUUAAUAUUAUGUGGAGGAUUAAUCUAUUGGUUGUCAGCCAUAUAAGCUGAAAGUGCUGAAGAAUAAGCCUUGGCAGUUAAAUAAGGAGAUGUAAAACCAAAUAUCAAAGUCAAGAUUAUUGCUUAAGUUGCAUCAAUUUCCAUUAUUGUUAUCAAUGCAUUACUUGCCAUGUUUAUAAAGAGUAUCUCACUUUUUGAAAAGUUCUCUACUUAAACAGGAUUUAACAUUAGUUUGGCAAGUAAAUCAAGCAUGGCUUAGUUUAUUAAUACUGCUGUAAUUACAUUUGCUAUUUCUACAUGGGUGACCAAAAAUAUUUAUGGAGCUGGAGGUUUAGUGUAUAAUCAGACUUAUGUGUUUAUUUCUAAUGCAUUCAUCCCAGGUAUUAUACAACUCGUAGAUGCUGGAACAGUAUCCAAAUGGCUAUUUUAAUAUCUAGAAAAGAGAAAAGGACCUAAAUCAGUCAAAACACAAUAAUAAUUACAUGAGUACGUUUCUUAUCUUAAUUAGAUUAUUCGAAAAACCAGUAUUUGAUAUUUCUACUGCUUAUGCAACUAUUUUGAAAAAUAUGUAUGUAGUUGCAUUCUAUGCUUCAGUUAUACCUCUUGCUUUAGUAAUUACUUGUGUAGCAUUACUGGUUCACUAUUGGGUUGAGAAAUACAAUAUUGCAAGAAGAAGAACAAUUAAAUAUAAUUAUAGUUCUCAAAUGUCAAUAGAAAUGAUAGAAUAACUGGAGUUAGUCUUGCCUAUCUAUUGUGUAUAUAAUUAUUUCAAUCAUUAAGAUGACCAAUUUGUGGUGGGAGUAUGUAUUCUUAGAAUCAAUUUCAACUGAAGCCAUAAUUGGAAUAUGUUUGGGAGUUGGAAAUGCAAUUUUACCUAUGCAUGAAAUAAAUGAAAGCAUGUUUUCAAUGAAAUCAGAAAUUGAUGAGCAUUUACCAAUCUAAGAGGCUGAAACUGGUUUCUUAACAGUAACAUACUUUUUAUAUUAUUUUAGGAUUAUUGCAGGGAAAAUCCAGCUACUGCUGAAACUGCCAGACAAUAAUACAAGAUCAGAGUUGAAAAGCAUAAACAAUAAAAGUUAAAUAUGGACAAGAUGUUUGGAGACUAAUGA